CCUGUGUGCCAUGUCGGCUCGAUGCGCCUCCUGUCGCGCAGUCAUGGCAUCGGCAACCAUGUCAUCGCGUUCCGGUAGAACAUCCGGGUCGUAUCCAUUCACCGCUUCGUCUGCAAACGAGACUUGAUGACUUCGCUUACGUCCACCUGACAUAGAAGAGCAGCCUCUAGCGCCUCAUCCUCAAGUAUCGCCUGGCUAGUCUUGUCUUUGGUCUUGUCGCGUCCUGUGCAUGUGAAACUCAUCCCUGACUACUCCACUCUGCAACACCACAAGUCCACUCGCCUUGCCUCGUACAACAGAUACAGAGCAUAGCCAUGGCAGCGUCCAACAGACAAGAAGCAGAUGACCUGGAUGAUCUCGAUGACCUCCUCGACGACUUUGACAACGAUGCCUCGGAGCCGAUACCAACAAGUGGUACAGCUCUCGCCACAGGCAGCAGUGCGUCCCGGCUGACUGAAUUGGGAGAUGUGCCAGAAGAGAGCGAGUCUGGUAUGCCGGCCCUCGAGUCUGGUGACUUUGCACAGCAGCUACAAAUGGGUAUGGAGGAUCUCAUGAAGGAGCUUGAGGCGUCACCAGAGGCAAAGAAGGAUUUCGAACAAUUGAUGGAACAAAUGUCACUGGCAACGGCGGAUGGAGCAGCUGGGGAUGCUGCAAAGAGCGUGGAUGCCUCAAAGAAGACGUCCUAUCCCAAUAAUGCCGCAAAGAAGGCGGCAGCAGUAUCAGCAAAGAGCGAUGGAAAGCCCAAGAAUUUUCAAGAAACGCUCGAGGCUAACUUGGCACGGAUCAGAGAGUCGGAGCGGUCAGCCAAGAACUCGAACGAGCAAGAUGAUAGCGCGGGCCUUGAAAUGGGCGAAGGUGAGUCGGAUGCCUUCAUGGCAGAAAUGAUGAAGCAAUUUGAGCAGUCUGCUGGUGAAAAUGGUGAUUUCGGCAGUGUCCUCGAAGGGAUGAUGGCACAGCUCAUGUCCAAGGAGAUUCUGUACGAACCUUUACUGGAACUUUCUCAAAAGUAUCCAGACUGGAUCAAGGAGCACCCGGAAGACCCAAAACUGGAGACAUACAAGAAGCAAUGCAAGCUGGUGCAGCAGAUUGUUGCCGAAUUUGACUCAACUACAUACAACGACGACGACAAGGCAAAGAAGGACAAGGUAAUGGCCCUCAUGGGCGAGAUGCAAGAGCUUGGCAGUCCGCCAACAGAGAUUAUGGGGGAGGAUCUUGGCAUGCUCGAUGGGGGUAUGCCAAAGAUGACUGAGGAUUGCACCAUUAUGUAGAUAUCCUGCCUUGUCUUCUAUGCAUCUUUUUAUCUUGUGAUACCUGGCGAAAGAAUGGCUCGAUAUCAUAGAGAUCAGAGUCUCAAUACUUGCCCCUGAUUCAGCGAAGCUUGUACCACACAAGACAGUCAUUAUGAUCCUCAAGUAUUUAUAGACAGCCGACCGGUCCGAUGAUGACUCAUUAACUAUAAA